CAAAAUAUCUGAAAGAGAAGUAAAGAAAACAACCCCACUGGCAAUAGCACCAAAAAUAAUAAAAUAGGGGUAAAUUUAACCAAGAAAGAGAAAGAUCUGUACCCUGAAAAAUAUAAGACAUUGAUGAGAUAAAUUGAAAAAGACACAAAGAAAUGGAAAGAUAUCCUAUGUUCAUGGAUUGGAAGAAUUAAUGUCGUUAACAUAUUCAUUCUACCUAAAGCAAUCUACAGAUUCAUUGCAAUACCUACCAAAAUUCCAAUUAAAACUUUCUCUAACCUAGGAAAAUCCCUCAAUAAGAGUGACAUGGCCUGCAUAAUGGUUGUAGAAGACAAUGUUUACUUGCAUGAGGACACGUGUGCUUAUGUGUCUCAGGUCAUGGCCACUUGCCCUUCCAUGGACUGGAGAAUUCGUUCAGUUUGCCUUCUCCCAGAAGUUACCAUCAUCCUCUUUUUUAAACUUGGUUGUGACACCAGUUAACCAAAGGGGAAAUUUCUCAGCUCGGAAAUUUCUCUUCACUUCUGCUUUUGAAGGCCAUAAAACAGAGAAAUUGGCAGGCAGCAUUCCUCUCCGAGGCGACACGGGCUAGUCCAGAACUCUGUUCUCUCCGCCAGACUUCAUUGCUCGGGUUUCUGAAGCAGCCAUGGCAGCAGUGCCUGAACUCGCCAAUGAAGUGAUGGCUUACUACAGUGACGAUGAGAAUGGCCUGUUCUUUGAGGCUGAUGGCCCACAACAGACUAAGUGCUCCUUCCAAGACCUGGACCUCAGCCCUCUGGGAGAUGGGAGCAUCCAGCUGAAAGUCUCCCAGCAGCUCUACAACUCCAGCUUCAGGCGGGCCGUGUCGGUCGUCAUUGCCGUGGAGAAGCUGAGGAAAGUGCACAUGGUCUGCCCACAGGACUUCCAGGAUGACGACCUGCGGAGCCUCUUCUUCUUCAUCUUUAAAGAAGAAUCCAUCGACUGCAUGUGGGAUGGCAGUUACGAGUGUGAUGCAUCCCUACAAUCGCUGCACUGCAGGCUCCGGGACAUCAACCAAAAAUCCCUGGUGCUGUCUGGACCACAUGAGCUGCAGGCUCUUCACCUGAAUGGAGAGGAUGUGAACCAACAAGUGGUGUUCUGCAUGAGCUUCGUGCCAGGAGACGAGAAUAUCGACAAGAUACCCGUGGCCUUGGGUAUCAAGGAAAAGAACCUGUACCUGUCUUGCGUGGUGAAGGACAAGAAGCCCACCCUGCAGCUGGAGACAUUUGACCCCCACGGUCAGUCAAAGAAGAAGAUAGACAGGCGAUUUAUCUUCCACAAGAAGGAAAUCAGGGACAAGGUAGAAUUUGAGUCUGCCAUGUACCCCAACUGGUACAUCAGCACCUCGCAAGCGGACCAGACGCCCGUCUUCCUGGGAAGUACUAAGGGUGGCCAGGAUAUAACUGACUUCACCAUGGAAAUCCUGACUCACUGAAGAGACCUGUACCUGUGCUAAGUCGCCCCGAGGGCUGCAGAAAGGUACAGAAGAGUUUGAACAUGGCAGGGUGCUGCACUUCACUGUGGGAAAGUGGGGAAAGCCCAGCCGCUUUCCCCACGUUAAUUAGGGAGAAGCAGCCCCCUCCUCCCAGAGCCAACCCUCUCCCCUCUCUGCUCAUACAAAGCCAGCCAGGCAGAAACCACUGCACAUUCGGUUCACAGACUCCCUCUGUCCUUUGUGCCCAGCUUCCAAUGAGCAACCACUUAAACUGUCUGUUUAUUUAUUUGUUAUGGGUUCAUCUAUUUAAUUUCGCUUAAGGGGGCCAGGAAGCAGCCGUCCCAGUCUGCAGUAUCUAAGGAGCCCAUGUGAUGUGGAUGAGUGUGCUGUCUUUAUAUCGAGUCCUUUCACCAAGCUGAAUAAGCUCAGAUUAUUUGUAUAGGAAUAUUUGUGAAUGAGAAGUAAGAUACUGUUUCAAUAAUUCUGAAAUAAAUUUCACUGAAAAAUAAAGUUGUUCCCAUGU